UCAGAGUACCCCUUUACAUCAGGGGUCCCCAUCAGAGUGCCCCUUUACAUCAGUUGUCCCCAUCAGAGUGCCCUUUUACAUCAGGGUCCCCAUCAGAGUGCCCCUUUACAUCAGAGUACCGCUUUACAUCAGGGUCCCCAUCAGAGUGCCCCUUUACAUCAGGGUCCCCAUCAGAGUGCCCCUUUACAUCAGGGGUCCCCAUCAGAGUGCCCCUUUACAUCAGGGUCUACAUCAGAGUGCCCCUUUACAUCAGGGGUCCCCAUCAGAGUCCCCCCUUACAUCAGGGUCCCUAUCAGAGUCCCCCCUUACAUC